GGCGGCCAUUGAGAGCGGCGCGGCGGCGCGCGCGGUGACGUCACGCCCGCGCCGCGCAUGCGCCCGACUAUCGAGCGGCAUGUGCCCAUCGCAGCCGGCCGAACACUCCGCCCGCAAUCAUCACACUUUUUUAUUUUCCCUCCGCGCGUAGUGGCCGUUGUGACUACCCAGUAGUGACCGUAGCCGUGGUGGUGGACGUUCAGUGCAGCCGCGCCGCGCCGCGCCGCCCCAGCGAUCGAAUCCAACAUGGCUGCGGCGGGCAGCGCGCGCCCGCCCUUGCUCCCAGCGCCGAGCGCGGUUUGUUCGUGAACAGUCUGUGUGCGGUUAUAUAAAUGUUACUCGAACUGUCCGCGGAGUGGCUACAAGUCGGAGCUACAGAAGACGGCCGCAGCCGGGCGCGCGCCCCGAGACGCCCCGACGCCCAGCGUGACGCGCGCCCCCAGCCAGCCCUGUCAACAUGAGCCACUACGGCGGCAUGGCGGACACGGAUGCGCUCGGGCGGCGGCUGCGCGAGGCGGAGCGAGCCCGCGCCGACGCCGAGCGGCACCACGCGGAUGCGCUUGCGCAGCUCCGGCAGGCGCAGCGGUCGUCGUGUGACGCGCAUAGCGUGGACCAGCUGCAGUCACGAGCUAGGGAGCUGGAGAAGAAGGCUGCACUGGAAACGGUCCGGUGUGAAGAGCUGCAACUGGAGUUGUCAGCGGCGCUGCGGGCGCGCGGGGGCUCCUCGCACACGAGCCACGGGGGCGGGGGCGGCGGCGGCGGGGGCGGGGGCUGGUCCACCACGCCGCAGGGGCAGCCCGCCUCCGAGAUCGAGCGCAUCAUGGCCAAGAUCGAGCAGGACAACCGCAUCCUCGCGGAGCUGGAACACACCAGGUCUACUACACAUGGCAUGCAGUCCAGCGGGUCAAACCAAGCCCUUGGAGAGUUCCACUCGCCGUCGCCGUCACCGCUCCCGCACAUGUACUCGUCGUCGGGCCACACCGCCAUCUGUCAGAGCAACACGAUGCCCACGCUGUCGUCCAUCCACGCCACCAGCCACUUCUCAGCUCCCAACUCGAAUACCGUCGCCUACUCCAUGAGCUCGCACAAUCCCAACUCAUAUUCGAACCCCGUGUCAGCCUACUCAACUAACUCAUACGGUCUCUCCAACCCUCACCAAGUCACGUUCACCAACCCCGUGACGGCUCCGCUAGUUAACAACAUAAGCCAAAUCUCCAACACGUUAGCGGGGCUCCAGAGCAACCUGCAAAGUAUUACGGGCAACGUGUCUGGCAUGAGCUUGGGGAGCGCCCUGACCGGUCACACGAUGACGGGUACGAUGGCACAGAUGCCGGGGCACGGGAUGACCAGCUGCUUGAACAACGUACAGACGUCGAGUUUUACGGGAGGACUCUCGAGUACAUUAGGUGGCCUGCAGUCUACUCUGACAGGAGGACUGUCGAACGCACUCAGCAACCUCACAGGCGGACACACGCAGCUGGGAGGCAUGAACACGAGCCUCACCGGCACGACCGGCUACGGCGGCACUGGAACCUACACAAAUCCGCUGCUCUCGAGUGGCUUAGGAAGUAAUACCAUGAACAUUAAACUAAAACCCUUAGAUGAAAUCGACCUCGGCUUAGGUAGAUACGGCAACACUUCGUCAGGCGUGGGGCGAGUCGCCACGCCCGUCACUCCCCACCAGCCCUCUUGGAGCUUAGGAUUAGAUAGUCAAUUUGGAACUGAUAGGCUAGGUGGCAUGGACUCUGGCUUCAGCCAUGAUCGGAAUCAAAGGGCUUUAUCAAGGAUUUUACCUGGAUCUGGUAUGGAAAUGGACGUGCGAAACACACACUAUAUGAACGGAGGCCCUCCGGCGGAAGGCCAGGUGGAUAUGCUGGAUAUUCCCGGAAAAGGCCGUUGCUGCGUCUACAUUGCCAGAUUUUCUUACGAUCCACCUGACAUUGAGAGUGCAGAAGGGGAACUAUCUAUUUGCGCCGGCGACUACCUGCUUGUGUGGGGUCCCCCCGACUCCAACGCCGCCAUGUUGGACGCCGAGCUGCUUGACGGCCGGCGCGGGCUGGUGCCGGCCAACUUCGUGCAGAGAUUGAUAGGAGACGACCUGCUUGAGUUCCACCAGGCGGUGGUGGCGACGCUCCGGGAUGCCGAUGAGUCCGCCACGACGGCGGUCAGUGACCUGUCCCUCAGUCGGGACGUGGCCCGGCUCAGUGAAGUGGCCGACCUCAGUGAAGGGCCAGAAGAUGACGACAAUGUGCCGGCGCCGCGGCAGCUGACCCUGGAGCGGCAGCUCAACAAGUCGGUGCUGAUUGGCUGGACGGCGCCGGAGGGCGUGCAGCAGGCGGCCAUCGAGAGCUACCACGUCUACGUCGACGGCGUGCUCAAGACCACCGUCAAGGCUUCGGAACGCACGCGCGCGCUCGUCGAAGGAGUGGACUCUAACCGGCCUCACCGCAUCAGCGUGCGAUCGGUGACGCAGUCGCGGCGCACGUCCCGGGACGCCGCGUGCACGAUGGUGAUCGGGCGGGACACAGCCAACAUGGGCCCCACGUGCGUGCGCGCGAGCGGCGUCACCUGCUCGCAGGCCGUGAUCUCCUGGCUGCCCGCCAACUCCAACCACCAGCACGUUGUCUGCGUCAAUAAUGUCGAGGUACGCACAGUUAAGCCUGGAGUAUAUCGUCACACUAUCACGGGACUAUCGCCGAGCACACAGUAUCGAGUGACAGUGAGAGCGAAGCAUCUACGAGCUGGUCCUCCGUCAGGAGUGCCGAUAGAAGAGGCACCAGGAGCAUACACAGAUUUCAGGACGCUACCCAAAGGACUUCCAGACCCACCAAACGAAAUAAUGGUGGAGGCGGGUCCGCAAGACGGCACUCUGCUGGUGACGUGGCAGCCGGUGCUGCGGCCGCCGGCGUCCGGCCCCGUCACCGGCUACGCGGUGUACGCUGACGGAAAGAAGGUGACGGACGUGGACUCCCCCACCGGGGACCACGCGCUCAUCGACAUCGGAAAACUUAUCGGCUUGAACCCUAAAUGUGUCACUGUUCGUACAAAGUCACGAGACAGUCAGUCGAGCGACAGUCAGCCGACACCUAUACCCCCGGCGGUGCUGCGCGGGGUGGCCUCCCGCAUGCCCCGGGGACAGAUGCAAGGGCAGAUGCAGGGACAGAUGCAAGGGCCCAACGCCCCACAGUAUCGUGGCCAGCACCAGAGAACACAAGGCUACCAACAACAACAGGUCCUAGAACAUGACGAGAACCUUUCGGACAAAGAGAUAUUUCCGUCGGCGAACCGCCACGACCAGCACGCGGCUCAGCCCACGAGCGGAUUCGGCACAGGCCUCCUAAAGAGUAUAUUCGACAAAAUAACCCCUUCGCAAUCGGGGAUACCAGCCAUCGAGAUAACUAAAGAGGGACCUGCGGAGCUGUGUAGUGAGGACGAGCCACGCCGCCGCGCCGCCCAGCAGCAACCGUCCCAACCAGUGCCAGUGUCGCAGCCGCCUUCGGGUCAGCCGUACCCGAGUACACCAGCCUACCAUGGCACGCAGCAACCCCCCUAUCCACAGCAAGGACAGUUCCAAAAUAACCAGCCCUACCAGGGGCAGCCGCAGCAGCCCUUCCACAACCCGCCUCCGAGGAACCACCACGAGCGCGGCCGCCCUCCUAACCCUCACCAGGGUCAGCAGGGCAGCCAGGCUCAACAGCAGCAGCAGUACGGGCCACGUCCGGGGGCCCAGGGGGGGCCGAGGGGGCAGGGUCCGCGGCCGCACGGUCAGGGGGGACAACAGCAGAUGCAGGGUCCCCACCCGCAGUCACAGAAGAGGGGGCGAUACUUCGUCGCGUUAUUCGACUACGACCCAGCUACGAUGAGUCCUAACCCGGAGAGUUGUGAUGAGGAGUUACCGUUUAGCGAAGGGGACACUAUAAAGGUAUGGGGGGACAAAGACGCGGACGGGUUCUACUGGGGUGAGUGCCGCGGGCGGCGGGGGUACGUCCCCCACAACAUGGUGGUGGAGGUGUCGGAGCAGGACGCCACGGGGGCCGUCGCCGGCGCCAAGCCGCGCGACCGCUGGACCGACGCGUACGCCAACCAGCCCGUCAGGAGAAUGGUCGCCCUAUACGACUAUGAUCCUCAAGAGCUGAGCCCUAAUGUGGACGCCGAUAAGGCGUCUCGGUUCCAGGCUGAGCUGAGCUUCCAGACGGGGCAAGUCAUACAUGUGUACGGGGAAAUGGAUGAUGAUGGCUUCUAUAUGGCGGAAAUUGACGGAGUCAGAGGCCUGGUGCCCAGUAACUUCUUGACUGACGCCAGUGAUCAGUACGCUGCUAGUCAAGCCCCAGGAGGUUCAGGGCAGCGGCCGAUAGCCGGGCGAGGCCGGGGCCCGGCGGGGCAGGGGCCGACGGGGCCCGGGGCGCGCGGGCCGCCGCCCCCGCCGCGGGACAACGUGGCGCCAGCACCGCGCGGACCACACAGGAAGGCAGAUGCCUGCCCUCUUCCCCCUUCUCAGUUAGACCACAACACAUGCGCCAGUAAUCCAGAACAGGCGAAUGCUCAGGCGAGAGCGAGAGGCGCAGUAGCGAUCGCGCAGGCGCAGAGCACGACCGCGCGCACGAGCGCUGGUAACGUGAGCUCCCCCACCGUGCAGUCCCCGGGCACUAACCCCGGCAUCAGCGGCCUGCAGCAGGGCAUGCAGAACAUGCAGGCUAUGCAAGGAAUGCAAAACAUGCAGGGAAUGCAAAACAUGCAGGGGAUGCAAAACAUGCAGGGGAUGCAAAACAUGCAAGGGAUGCAAAACAUGCAAGGGAUGCAAGGUAUGCAAGGGAUGCAAGGAAUGCAGGGAAUGCAAGGUAUGCAAGGUGUACAAAAUAUGCAGGGAAUGCAGACGACACCACAAUCGCAAACUCAACAGCCCCUCACAACGAGUGCGCCGUCGCCCGCGCGCCGCGCCGGCCCCGCCAUUGUCCCCCCGCCCUCAGCUCAGCCGCUGCAAACUCCUCAGCAACAACAACCGCCGACGUCACAGCCCAACCUCAUGCAGAAGUUCUCAGAGAUGACUGCACCCGGCGGUGACAUCCUUAGUAAAGGGAAAGAACUAAUCUUCAUGAAGUUCGGCCUCGGAGGUAAAUAAUGGCGGCGGCUCGGGCCCCCGCGCCCCGCCGCUGCCGCCCCGCGGUCACGACUCAUCAUGUAUCUGGUCGAGCUCGACUCCUCUUCUCUAAUAUUGGUUUCUCGGACGCUGCUGUUCUUGCUGCAAAAGACUAUUUUCUUUGAAUUUUCAAAGUCCGUGUGUAAAAAGGACCGUGUCUGUGGAUUUUUCUACUGUAGCUGAUUUGAUUACAGAGAAUGUUAGUGUAAGGGAUCUGUAAAUAUUAAAAUUCAAUACACGCACAGUAUAGAUGGUUAAUUAGUGCUGUCUUGAUAGUAUCCACGGUUGGAGUUGACAUGUGAAGUUAGCUGUACUUGCAACACAAGUUUAAGAUGACUUUAGAUUGUUCAAGGUAACCGUACUCGAGUUGUUAUAAUCUUGAAAAACACUGUAAGUAGGACUGUCCAUCAUAUCAUAGACCUUUUUAAAUAUACUUAAGUGUUUAGUUUGUAUAGUUAUUUAUUUGUAAAUCAAUAAAAAAAUCAGCUAUUUGUUUGUAAUCUUGAUAGUACAGUUACCUUUAUCAAAUGUUAUGUAUGAAAUGUUACACCCUGUUGCAUAUUAGUGGUACAAUGAGAUAUGUUAACACAAUAUCUUAAAUUUGUAAUUAACUACCUAUUUAUUAUAUUAUCGUAUAUGACAUAAAUAUAUUAUAUACCUAGGUAUGAAAAUAAUUUACGUAGUCGUCUAAUUGUUAUUUCACAGUAUCAUGAUCACUUUAUAAAGUUGUGAAAAUUAUUAUUCUUAAUUUUUCAAUUGCUAGUUUAAAUUUGGAAUUAUACCCUAUAAACUGUACUUACCUAAAUGUCUUUUUUCACUAUCUAUAGUCAGGAGGAUCGCUGUUUGAGUAUGACUAUGUGGUGUUCAUGAAAUACAUAACCUAUGCCAUUUACUCUCUACCAACCGUCCUGCAAUUUCUUAAUACUUAAUUAAAUAUUAACCGUUUAAAAGUGUUCAAUGGAAUAUGCACUAAACUUAAGAAGAUUGCGUAAUGGUGCGUACUUUCUAGUCUAUGCAAUCCUGGGAAAUGGCUAAUGUAAACAAUUAAAUUCUGUACUAACUCUUUAAAAUAAAAUCGUACAAUAUUUAUAACAUAAAUAAUCAUAUUGUAACCGUAACAUUUAUAUCAAUAUAAAUUAUUGCGAUGAGGUGUCAGGUGUGCAAGAUUCGGACUUAUCAUGUUAUAAAUCCGAAUACCUACCAGUUGACUUCUAUGUUGUAAAGAGUUCUAAGCAGGCAUACGCUAACACUUUUGAUUAUAUUUCUUCGAAAUAAUAAUAUUCUGUGAUAGUAGACGUGAUACCAUCUCUAUACUAAUAUAAAAUACCAUAAUAAAAUACAACGUCAUUCAAUCACUUAGUAAUCUUCACUUUAUCACAUAACACCAAUGAACAUCCUUCAAUGUUAUUCCAUUCAGCCUUAAAAAGUGUAACAAUAUCUAUCAUAAUAUAUACGUAAGGACUUAUAUAAAAUAACUAUAAGUAUAUAGGCAUUUGAAAAAACUUCUGCUGACCCAAACCAGAUAUUUUAUAAAAGAGCAUAUGAUUUGUUACAUACCUAGCUAAUUAUUCUGAUUAAUUAAUUAAGUUAUUUCCAAACAAUGUAAAUCAAUGAAUAGGUACCUAAAUAACUAUGAUCAGUAGACAAUCCUGAUUCCUAAAACAUUAAAUUUAAAGAUUUUUUUUAUAAAGCUUAAUCAAAUUGGGAGUUUAAACUGUAGUGAGUAAAGACUGCUUGUAAAGAGUUAAGUAAAAUGGAUAAAAAAUUGAGAGUUCAUCUGAAGAUAUCUUAUAGAUUGCCUUCAUAUGUAACGUUGUCUGCCUCUCAACUCAAAUACUGUUACCUAAAUUGUUUAGGACUUAUGAUGAUCGGUUUCACUAUCAUCAAAAUGCAGUGUCUUCUACAUAAAAGGUAUGUUAACUAAGUACAACAAUUGAAGAAAUAACUUCUGCGUUUUGCAAGACAGACUAUUUGAAUGAUUUGAAGACAAUAUUGAAAUCAUUUACUUUAUUAUAGUUCUAAAGGUGGGUCUAAUAAUAUUGGGUCGAACAUUCCCAAAAGAGUAAAAUUAUAAUGGUUUGAAUCAAUAUUUAGACAUUCACAAGUUGUUGUUGUACAUAAUUUGGUGAGUAAGUCCGCUUGGGGAUGUAGGCUAUGAGGAGAUUGAUGAGAUUGCUCACUUCGUAUACAAGGGAUUCUCUAAUAAGUCCUUUAAAUAAAACGCUUCGUUAUUUAUCUAUUGAACAUUCUCGUAUAUUCAAACCUUUUCACAUAAAUAAUUGAAUCCUGAAUUAGCUUGAUUACUAGAAAUAACCAUUUAUAUCUAACGGCUGAUUUUUAAAACGCUUUUAUAAAUGGUAGACGCUUCUGGUCUUUGUAUUGUACCCCGUGGAUGAAGAACAGAACUAGAUAAAUAUUAGUCAACCAUUUUAAAACCAUUUUAUUUACAGCCGUGUCAUAUAACCCCACUUUAGUAGUCCACAAUACGUUAAAAAAAUAUAAAUUUUAUAUAAUUAUUAUUAUAUGUAUGUUAAUAAUGGUUGUACAUAAUGAUGUUGCAAUUGCCUGGGGUUUAAUGUUUUAGCUAAGCACUGUGCUACAUAUCUAUUAACUUGUAUUUGAAGUUUUCUAUCAUUGAAUAUGAAUAAACUAGCGUUAUUUCUAACACAGUUCAAAGUUGUUCACUUGUUUAUACGUUGUUAUGACUCUGUAUCCAUAUCUUUUAUCACAAUGUAACGACGUGUAUGGUUAUUUAUACGAAAUAAUAUAAAUACUAUGUAUAUUAAUCGUACAUUCAGUGUGCGUAAUUUAAAUAAAGAGUUGUAUAUUAUAUUUAAUGGUGAAUUAUGAAAACACUAUAAUGGAUAAAUCUUUAACAAUGUACCAAUGAAAUAUGCUAAAAAAUAAAUAAUACAAAUGCCGCUUCUUUA